GAGAGAGUGAUUGCGUCUUCUCUGAGAAGCCAAAAACACCAAAAAUAUUCAGAAAAAUUUAGAAAUUAAAAAGCAGAAAUCUUUCGAGAAAAUCUAAGCUCGAGGAGGAUCAGAAUACAAGAUUCAAUCGAUUGCCUUCUUCUCCAAGCCACCAUCUUUUUUUUUUCUGGAUGCUUAAUAUUUCCCACCAUUAAAGUUAUCACCGCUCUGUGAUUUCCCAUUUCCCACGAGAAAUCUGUAGCUUCUCUCACGGAAAAGUGCUUUAAUUCCCCCAUUAAAAGCACUUUCUUUCUCCCUGCUAUAAAACCCAUAUCGCCAAGUCCAUUUCUUUCACUCACAGAGCUCGCUUCCAAUGGCGGAAAAGCAGAGGAGUAAUGGGUUUGUGUGCACAGUGUUCUUCCUCUGUUUGAUUCAAUGGAACCCCAUUCCGAUUCCAAUCGCCGUCGCCAUUCUCGACCCGGUUGAUUUCUUGGCUCUGCAGUCGAUUCGGAAGUCGCUGGAAGACAUGCCGGGAUCAAAGUAUUUCGCCUCCUGGGACUUCACCUCCGACCCCUGCAACUUCGCCGGCGUUUACUGCGAUUCCGACAAGGAUUCCCUCAAUCUCGGCGACCCAAGAGCCGGUGCGCCGGGUCUGACGGGUCGGCUCGACCCGGCAAUCGGCAAGCUAUCCGCCCUCGCUGAGCUAUCAAUCGUUCCGGGUCGGAUCUUCGGCACUCUGCCCCAGUCGAUAUCCCAGCUCAAGAGCCUCCGGUUCCUCGCACUCAGCCGCAACUUCAUCUCCGGUCAGAUUCCGCCGAGUCUCGGCCAGCUCCGCAACCUCAGAACACUCGACCUAAGCUACAACCAAUUCGCCGGAGCAAUCCCCAGCUCCGUCGCAGCCCUUCCGGAGCUCUCCAACCUCAUCCUCUGCUACAACCGCCUCUCCGGUUCGGUCCCUCCGUUCACCUCCCAAACCCUGUCCCGACUCGACUUAAAGCACAACGACCUCUCCGGUUCGCUCACACCCAACUCCCUCCCUCCCUCACUCCAAUACCUCUCUCUAUCCUGGAACCGGCUCUCCGGUCCUGUCGACCGCCUCCUGAACCGGCUCGACCAGCUCAACUACCUCGACCUCAGCAAGAACCAGUUGACGGGCACAAUACCGGGUCGGAUCUUCACCUUCCCAAUCACAAACCUCCAAUUGCAGCGAAACUUGUUUUCGGGUCGGAUCGCACCGGAUGGUCAAGUUUCAAUCGCCAACGUCGAUCUCAGCUACAACCGACUAUCCGGUGAAAUCUCGCCGUUGUUUUCGACCGUACAGAGUCUCUACUUGAAUAACAACCGGUUCACGGGUCAGGUUCCGGGUAACUUCGUGGACCGGCUAUUGGCGGCGAAUAUACAGGUACUGUAUUUACAGCACAAUUUUCUGACGGGGAUCCAGAUCGAUCCGACGGCUGAGAUUCCGGUGAGCAGCUCGCUGUGUCUGCAGUAUAAUUGCAUGGUCCCGCCCGUACAGACGCCGUGCCCGCUCAAGGCCGGCAAGCAGAAGGCUAGGCCGACGGCGCAGUGUAACUAGUGGAGGGGGUAAAGUAGGAAAUUCCCAUGGGGUUUAAUUUUGUUUAUUUUUCUUUAAAAAGGAGAAUUAAUAUUUUGUGGGGCGGGGGGUUAUUUUAGAUUCAUUUAUUUAAUUUGGGGGGAAAAUUAUGAAUAAGAAAAGAUUGUGGAUAGUCAGAAAUAGUGUAAAAAUGUAGGGGAAAUUCAUGCUCUACUAUUUUAUUAUUAAAUAUGAAGGAAUUUUUGGAAAGGACAUGAAUGUUUGUUGGUGUGUAUCUAUUACUAUUCUCAUAAUAAAAUAACUAA